AUGGCCCCCGGGCCGGCGCGGGCCGCGCUGCUGUGGCCGCUGCUGGUGGCCGGCGCGGCGGCGGCAGCGCUGGAGCUGGGGCCGGACGAGGCGGAGCGCGAGCGGGGCCGGGGCUGGGCGCGCUGCCAGGCCGUGGCCAUCCCCAUGUGCCGCGGCAUCGGCUACAACCUGACCCGCAUGCCCAACCUGCUGGGCCACGAGACGCAGGCCGAGGCGGCGGCCAAGCUGCACGAGUUCGCGCCGCUCGUGGAGUACGGCUGCCACGCUCACCUGCGCUUCUUCCUGUGCUCGCUCUACGCGCCCAUGUGCACUGACCAGGUGUCGACGCCCAUCCCCGCGUGCCGGCCCAUGUGCGAGCAGGCCCGCCGCCGCUGCGCACCGGUCAUGGAGCAGUUCAGCUUCCCGUGGCCCGAAGCCCUGGACUGCGCGCGCCUGCCCACGCCCAACGACCCCCACGCGCUGUGCAUGGAGGCGCCCGAGAAUGCCACGGCCGGCCCCGCGCCGGCCGUCCCAGGGGGCGCCGCCACAGGAGGCCACGCCGGCCACCAGGGCCUGGGCAUGCUGCCUGUGGCGCCGCGCCCCCCACGCCCGGUGCCGGGCCCCGGCCCCGGCCCCCCCGCCUGCGAGAACCCCGACAAGUUCCAGUACGUGGAGAAGAGCCGCGCGUGUGCUCCCCGCUGCGCGCCCGGGGUCGAGGUCUUCUGGUCCCGGCGUGACAAGGACUUUGCCCUCGUGUGGAUGGCGGUGUGGUCGGCGCUGUGCUUCUUCUCCACGGCCUUCACUGUGCUCACCUUCCUGCUGGACCCCCACCGCUUCCAGUACCCCGAGCGGCCCAUUAUCUUCCUCUCCAUGUGCUACAACGUCUACUCGCUGGCCUUCCUCAUCCGCGCCGUGGCCGGUGCGCAGAGCGUGGCCUGCGACCAGGAGGCCGGGGCCCUCUACGUGAUCCAGGAGGGCCUGGAGAACACGGGCUGCACGCUCGUCUUCCUCUUGCUCUAUUACUUCGGCAUGGCCAGCUCGCUCUGGUGGGUCGUGCUCACUCUCACCUGGUUCCUGGCAGCCGGGAAGAAGUGGGGCCACGAGGCCAUAGAGGCCCACGGAGGCUACUUCCACAUGGCAGCCUGGGGACUGCCCGCCCUCAAGACGAUUGUCAUCCUCACCCUGCGCAAGGUGGCCGGAGAUGAGCUGACGGGGCUCUGCUACGUGGGCAGCACGGAUGCCAGCGCCCUCACGGGCUUCGUGCUGGUGCCCCUCUCCUGCUACCUGGUGCUGGGGACCAGCUUCCUGCUCACGGGCUUCGUGGCCCUCUUCCACAUCCGGAAGAUCAUGAAGACGGGGGGCACCAACACAGAAAAGCUGGAGAAGCUGAUGGUGAAGAUCGGCGUCUUCUCCAUCCUCUACACGGUGCCCGCCACCUGCGUCAUCGUCUGCUACGUCUAUGAGAGGUUAAACAUGAGCUACUGGCGCCUGCGGGCCGCCGAGCAGCCCUGCGCUGCUGCCGCCAUCCCCGGGGGGCGGCGGGACUGCUCCCUUCGUGGGGGCUCCGUCCCCACUGUGGCUGUCUUCAUGCUGAAAAUCUUCAUGUCUCUUGUGGUGGGCAUCACCAGUGGCGUCUGGGUCUGGAGUUCGAAGACCUUCCAGACUUGGCAAAGCCUGUGCCACCGGAAACUGGCCGGGGGCAGCCGGGCCAGAGGCAAGGGGUGUGGGGGUCCGGCAGGCUGUGGCCGCGGGGCCCACUGCCACUACAAGGCCCCUGCCGUGGUCCUGCACAUGACCAAGGCAGACCCGUAUCUGGAGAACCCCACGCACCUCUAGGGGCAGGGGAGAGGGGGCUUUUAGGUCUCCCCUCCCCCCACACACCCUUUCAAGCCUGCCUCCAGCCCCACCCCCUCCAGCAGGAACACGAGCACACACACCGCCUGCCUUCUGGGACAGCUGGAGUGGCCGCCCAGCUGUCAAGGUCGGCAGAGCGGAGGCCUGGAAGGAGCCGGGGGAGCUGCUGAGGAGCAAGGAGUGGAGGUUCCCCGCCACUUCCCAGCCCCCAGUGGGCUCUGCACCCCGCGGGAGCCAAGUAGAGGGGAUAGAACUGCCAUGUGUCCCCAGCCCAUGAGGCUCCAGAAGAGCAUGUGGAUUGAGGGGAGGGGGGAGGGGAGGGCAGAAGGCCACGAUCCAGGCAGAAGUUUAUUUAAUGAUGUAAUUUAUUGUGAAGUUCCUUUGGAAGCAUCGACUGGAAUAAACCCCCU